AUGCUGCAUGGGAGUCUGAAUGGCAUCUUCUCAUUUGUAGAAGUAUUCCGCUGUAUAAACUAUCUUCUAGGGCUUAGCACAAGCUGUCCCACUCUAGAGACAUGGGCCUCACCUAACAAUACUACUCACUUCGGCUUCGUGCCCAACACUACACCUGUCCAGUGUCACUCACACAACGACUACUGGCACCGCAAUCCGCUCUACGAUGCGCUUUCGGCGGGAUGCGUUGGCAUCGAGGCGGACGUUUGGCUCUUCCAAAAUGAACUCUUCGUGGGACACAAUACGAACGAGUUGACACUCAACCGAACGUUCCGAUCCCUGUAUGUCGAUCCGCUGCUCACCUUGCUUAACCAACUGGUGGUCGAAGAAUCAGACAAGAAACUGGAAUGUUCCUUGAGAGGACUGUUUGAAGGAGACCACUGUCAGUCUCUUGUUCUUCUGGUGGACUAUAAGAAUCAUGGACCGAGUAUCCAUCCCUUUGUCAAGGAGCAGUUAUCCCCUUUGCGAGAGAAGAGCUACCUAACUUACUUCAACGGCACCGAAGUAGUACGCGGACCGAUUACCGUAGUGGCUACUGGAAAUGCACCGUUUGACCUUCUCACGGCGAACUCGACGCAUCGGGACAUUUUCUUCGACGCCCCGCUGGCCAGGCUAUACGAGGAUCCGUCAGAAAACAUUGGCCAGGGCGUCGUCGGCACAACAUCCACCUCCCACUUCGACAUCACAAACUCGUACUACGCCAGCACCAAUUUUAGAAAAGCCAUCGGGACCCCCUGGAGAGGAAGGUUCUCGGAAAAGCAGAUUCAGCUGUUGCGAGGACAGGUGCGGGGCGCGAAGAGAAGGGGAUUGAAGCCGAGGUAUUGGGGUGUGCCCAGUUGGCCUGUCGGGUUGAGGAAUACGGUCUGGGAGACGCUGAUUAGGGAGGGUGUGGAUAUGCUUGCUGGGGAUGAUUUGAUGGGGAUGGCGACGGGGACCUGGUGGGAUAGUGAGAGUUGAGAGGCGAUUCGAGUGAGGUGAGCAUAAAACAACUCUGAUGAACGUACGGAGUAUCGAAACAGAAAAAUGUUCCCGCAUAGAGACUGGUGUGUCAAUAGAAUUUCCAGGCCAACUUUCAUACUGAUAGCCAUUUACGACAGAAAAACGAGGAAUCUAGUCGUGAUUGCAUGCUGAAUAAGAGGGUAGACUGGAUAGGUUAUUGUCUUGUUUCUUUGGGAGUUAUCUCUGUGGUUCGUCGGCGAGUCCCGUCUGAACGGCUUGAGCAUUCACACAUAAUACAUAUUUGAAUUCUCGUUGAUUUUGCCUGACAUACAAGUAUGUAUGCAGCAAACGCGGCGACCAUGGGCCGGACUGCUGAGGCGGUGGAUUAUUGGCUUGGCGGGCAGUGAGCAAAGGGAGC